AGUUCGCUUCAGUCUCAAUCGAUUAUUCAAAUACGCUGGUGGUUAGUCUGCUGACACUGUUUCGUGAAAUGUCUUCCCAGUUCUUAUCUCUGGGAUGGGUUUUGGCGCUGACCAUUGCUUUCUUUGGCCAAAGGUUAACUGCCUAUCCGCAAAAUCCUUACUACGUCGAAGGAAGUGGCGAAAGCGGUCCACGGGGUCAUUGGAGACACCAUCACGGACAUCAUGACCACGGAUACCACAACAACAAUAACUGGCCAGCACAUGGUCCAGUUGGAGUGCCGGACACACAGCCUCUGCCAACAGGACAUUAUCCCAGAAACCCAUACAAUCAAAUUCCAGGAGGUUUUCGGCAGCCUGGUGGAUUCUUUGAAGGUGGCCAAGGCUUUAGACCACAACCUGGACCGGGCUAUGCUGCCGAUGGUGGUUUCAACAGAGGACAGCCCGGAUUUAGGUUCCCACCACCCGUUAAUAAUUAUUCUCCCCAAUAUCCUCGACCCGGCAGUGAAGAAAGCUUCAACCCAAGACAACCUGGCUUCAAUCAACCCGCGUAUCCUCGUCCUGGUCAAAUACCUGGUAAUUCACCAACGUAUCCCCGGCCUGGUCAGUUUCCAGGAGGAUUCCAGCAGCCCGAGGGGGAAGAGAAUUCAAGCCCCAAUCAGCCCGGUUUUCAGUCACCCGAUGGAAAUAGAGGACAGCCUGGCAACCAACCCACUUAUCCAAGACCGGGUGGUGGUCGACUUCAACCACUGCCUGGAGGAUUUCAACAGCCAGACAGUGAAGAAAGAUUGAACGCAGGUCAGUUACCUAAUGGAAGUAGAGGACAACCUGGCAACCAACAACCAGGAGGUAACAGUUCACCCAAUUACCCAUUUCCAGGAAGUGGCGGAACUUCGUUCCAGUCGGGACCAAGUCAAGGUGGAUCUCAACCGCCAGCUGGCAGUGGAGAAAACAUCUUCCAACAGUCUCGUCCAAACCCGAGCCGAGCUCCUAGCGGAUUUCCAAGUCGGGGCCAGACACCUGGAAAUCAGAAUACCCUCCAGCCCCGCCCUGGAAAUGAAGAGGACUUCACGCAGUUUAACUUCCAGUCACCUCAUACGCUUCAACCGCGACCUGGUCAGGAUGAGUUCGCUGGUAGAGCUGGGAGUCCCGGAAAUACCCUUCAACCUAUUCCUGGUGGACAAAAGCCACAAGGAACGGUGAUCCAGCCGAAGCCUGGCCAGAGUCCCACUCCUGAAAAUGUGGACAGCAGUCUCAGUGACAUUUUCAAGACCAAUGAAUUCCUGUCGCCCGAGUUGAACAGUCCAGGAGGAUCCGGAAUAGCAGCCCAAGCCGAUCCCAAGUCGGAUGCCACAGAUAUAAAUCCGGAAUCUGUGAAUGAACGCAAUCUCUUCGACACGGAGCCGCACUGCAAAGACGGUACAGAACUGAUGUCGAAACGUUGCCGGAAGACUGCAUAAAAUGUGCUCAGAACGUCUCCACGUCAUCCUGGAAUUGGUGUCAUACAAAUUUAGUAAUACCUUAUUGGCCCAAUAAAUGUGCGAAUUCAAGUUAUCAAAACAACAGAUAAUUUUAAUUAAAAUUUGAUAAAUACCA